GGGUGCCUGUGAUGAGUCGCCUUCGCCUCUUUUCGCCAUCGCCCAUUUGAUGAGGCGUGUUCAUCGGAGUGAAGUCGAUGAUCAGUGUAAGAUUGUUUUGGGUUUGGCAUCUGUUAUUUACAUCCCUUGUCUUACGAGGCGGGUCAAAGUCUUGAAGUAACAUAUUUCGCUUUCCUUUACCUCUCGAUGUCGUUUCAAGCGCUGCCAUAUGUUAUUUCGACGGACAUAUUGUCCGUCAAAGAGGUGUUUCACGAGUCAAGUGUAGCGGAUUCCGUGGUGAGGCGUGUGCAGUGGCGUGCGUAGAUAUGUACAGGCAGACUUCUAGGACUCACUGGGACUUGGCAGGAAACGACGGGAGAGAGUCCAGUCACGGCGUGGAUGUAGUGUGAGAAAGAAACCAUUGGCGAUGAAGGUGCAUGAGAGAGCGGUCGCGUGUCUCAGCCGGUGAGUCUCGAGGCAAGGGGAAAGUAGGUGAAGUUCCACCGUACACUUCGAUUUCGCAAAGCACACACAGACAGACACACACACACACACACACACACACACAGAGAGAGAGAGAGAGAGAGAGAGAGAGAGAGAGAGAGAGAGAGAGAGAGAGAGAGAGAGAGAGAGAGAGAGAGAGAGAGAGAGAGAGGAUGGCGUCGAUGUCGGCGGGGGUGAAGCUGAAGGCGCUACAGUCGCUACCUUCGAAUAAGGUUUGCGUGGAUUGUAGUCAGAAGAAUCCGCAAUGGGCAUCGGUAACGUACGGAGUAUUUUUGUGUUUGGAUUGUUCGGGAAAGCAUCGGGGUCUCGGUGUGCAUAUCAGUUUCGUGCGUUCCGUGACGAUGGACUCUUGGUCACCUAUACAAUUGAAAAAGAUGGAGGUCGGUGGCAACGCUGCCCUGAACGAGUUUUUUGCCCAAUAUGGUAUCGCCAAGCAGACGGACACUGUGGCGAAGUACAAUUCAAGGGCAGCUGAAGUGUACAGGGAGAAGAUUCAGGCAGCUGCUGAGGGGCGACCAUGGACCGCGCCUCCCAUAGAGCGCUCGUCGGGAGCUGCGGUCGGAAGCGGAAAUGCGGGUACGGCUUCCGCGGGGGCGCGCUCUGGCAGUGGCGGUGGGAACUGGGAUGACUGGGGCGAGUUCACAAGCGCCGCCGGGGCGGACCGAUCGUCUAUGCGCCGAAACCACUCUGAGGAGUUUGGCCACGCACGGGGCGCGGGAGCAGGCGCGGGCGCGGGCGCGGGCGCGUCCAGGUUUGAUGGCAUGGGAGCCCGCGCUUCUUCGUACGGGGAUCUUUCAUCUGGAAGUGGAGCGGGGGGAGGAGGGCAGGCAGCAGCCGGCGGAGGAUACUCUCGCGCGCAAUUGGAAUCUUCGGCAGCCAAUAAAGAGUCCUUUUUCUCGCGGAAGCAGUCGGAGAACGCUCUCCGACCAGAGGGGGUUCCUCCAAGUCAGGGAGGGAAGUAUGUCGGUUUCGGCUCUGCACAUAGUCGCCCCCCUGCUUCUAAAGGUCCUUCCGUAGGAGGUGAUCUCGUCAAAGAUACCCUUAGUGUUGUAUCUCAGGGAAUAAGCCGUUUGGGUGUUGUGGCUACGUCAACGGCUCAAGUCGCGACUAAUGUUGUUCAAGCGGGUACUCGAGAGAUUGCGACGAAGGUUCGCGAGGGUGGCAUUGAUCAAAAAGUUGGUGAAGGAGUUCAAGUUCUGGCUGCCAAGACGACGGAGCUAAGUCAGAGAGGCUGGGGUGUAAUGAAGGGGGUUUUUAGCAUGGCAGCCUCGACGGUUGAGAACUAUGCGAAGGAGGCUGGGGUGAAACCGCCAUUCAGUUUCAGCAACGGCUCUUUCCUUCAGUCCGGCAUGGGCAGCAGUCCUGCGUCGCAUAGCACUGGUGACGGUGGGCGGUACGGUAGCAGCCACGGAACAGGUGCGAGUGGUGGUGACAGUGGAAGGGGGAAGGGUGGUGGUUAUUCCUCGGAAUAUGGAGAAGAGUGGGGUGCAGAUAAUGAUGAGUGGGCUUCUGGAGGUAAUUUCAAUGGGCCCGGUCGAGGUUCUGGAGCGACCACCACGGGGGCAAAGGUAACUUCAAGCAGCAGUCUUCUGGAUGUUGAUGGAAAAGCUAGAGAUGAGAGCAAGGCAUCAGGUGAAACAUGGACCGGGUGGGAUGUUGCUGACCAAGAAGGUAAUGGCGCCGAUGUCUCAAGAGCAUCCAGUGGGAAAGGCUGGGAUGCGUGGGGUGAUAAUUCGGGGGAGUGGACAGGUGGAGGCUUCAAGUAAGAUAGCAGCUCUUAGGAAAAGAGGAGGGGAUGGAGGUUGUUCAACAAGGAAAGAGGGGUGGAAAAGCGGAGGGGAUGGAGGGGUUGCAAGAAGGUUGGGAGAAGGCUGCAAGAAGUUUGGAUGUGGUCACGAGAGUAAAAGGAGGAGGGUGGACACUGGACAGAGGUUCCUCUUGUUUUUGAUUUAUGUAGUGUGACCUGAUUUCAGUCACAAACGCUGAACUCGCUUUGGGCUAUUUCACUUUGCUUUGGACAACAUGGGGCGGUCUGAAGGGUGAAUGUCUUUCUGCCUCUUGGAGUUGUUGCUGGCAGAGUUCGGGCAUGUACAGGGGAUAGCUGUUCAAGAUCAAUUAUCUGAUGUUGGCGAAAGGUUGUUGCGGGGGUCUUCUAUUUUCUUUUUAAUACGAGGUGAGAGGCUUCGCUUGGCGCGGUUCGAUGACGUCUCUGCCGCUUUUUUUUUUUUUUUUUAAUGUGUACUUUGUUAGACGCGAAGUGCAUGGAGUAUGGAGUUGUGGGCGUGCUUGCGGACCAAUAAGCGGACAAGGUUCAUCGUUGGUAGGCAGAUCGGCGCUGGGCCAAUCUUCUUCUUGUGAGCAAGGUCCUCGGCCGCCGAUUUGCUACUUGUGAUGAAGGUUGUCAGCCUGCUGAUGUGCAGGCUGCUUUCCAUCAGUCGAUUUCCAUCUGUGGGCUUCCUCCUGAGUGAGGAUGCGGGUUUUAGACUUUUAUCGUGGGUGGGUUGGUGGUCGGUUAUUUGGAGAAGUGGACUGUUUGUCCGUCCUCUCGCUGAGAAUUCGUUUCUUCCAUGCAGGCUAGAGUUGUGUAUUCAUGUGCCGUGCACACUCGAUUCGGAAUAAGGCUUUCUGUUGCUGAAGAAGAGCUUUCUAUAAUAUCUGGCCACGUGUCUAUUUCUUUGGCUGAUGAUUGCUCUGCCAGAUGAUGCUCGUGCCGGUGUUCUUUUCAUGUUUGCGGUGUUUUAUGUGAUUGUCAAUGUCAUGCUCCAGAAUUAUUGAAAUCGAAGAAGAUGGUGUGGGGGGCUGGGAGCAGUUCUGGACGUAUGCUGUAUAUGGCUUGAUGAUGAAAUGGAUUCUAUUCGUGCGACGUGCUCCACAAUAGCUAGAGACGUUAAUCAGUUCUCUGGGGAGCGCCUGUCUGCUUUGCUGGUAGAGCUGUUUUUAUUAUGUGAAGGGUGUCUGUUUUUCGUUGGCACUGACAUGCUUGGCUGUGAGAUUCUGUUUCACAGGCAGGAGGGAGGGCAAAUGUUCCACAGUUGAAGUCCGUUGUUUAGCUAUUUAAAGGCCAGACCUUCUCUCUCGCUCAUACCAAUCCGCCUUGUGAGUAGAAAUCGCUAUCCACAGUUGAAGUCCGUUGUUUGCCUUGCCCUAUUAGUCGA